GCGGGACGCCGGCGAGCAGCCGAGCCGAAGGAGUCGGAGCCGGAGGCGGGUCGAGCCGCGGGAUUGACGAGGGAGCUCUCCCUGGUCUGCUUUUACAAAGUUUCACCCCCAGAGCACUAUGAAUGUUAAUGAACUCAAACAAAGGUUGUCCAGAGCUGGGCAGGAGCACCUGCUGCAGUUCUGGACUGAGCUGUCAGAGGCCCAGCAGAGAGACCUGUAUACGGAGCUCCAGGCCAUGGACUUUGAAGAGCUGAACUCGUUUUUCCAGAAGGCCAUUGGUGAAUUUGAUCGAUCCUCUCACCAAGAAAAGGUGGAUGCGCGAAUGGAGCCGGUGCCCCGACAGGUUUUGGGCAGUGCUACCAGAGAUCAAGACCAGCUGCAGGCCUGGGAGACCGAAGGACUUUCUCAGAUUUCUCAGAACAAAGUAGCAGUUCUUCUUCUAGCUGGUGGGCAGGGGACAAGACUUGGGGUCGCAUAUCCCAAGGGCAUGUAUGAUGUUGGCUUGCCAUCGCACAAGACACUUUUUCAGAUUCAAGCAGAACGUAUUCUGAAGCUCCAGCAGUUAGCGGAGAAACGCUAUGGCCACAAGUGCACCAUCCCAUGGUAUAUAAUGACCAGUGGUCGAACAAUGGAGUCAACGAAGGAGUUCUUCACAAAGCACAAGUUCUUUGGUUUGAAAAAGGAGAACGUGGUGUUUUUCCAGCAGGGAAUGCUGCCUGCUAUGAGCUUUGAUGGGAAAAUUAUCUUGGAAGAGAAAAACAAAGUCUCUAUGGCUCCAGAUGGGAAUGGUGGUCUCUACCGGGCUCUUGCAGCCCAAAACAUUGUGGAGGACAUGGAGCAAAGAGGCAUCUGGAGUCUCCAUGUCUACUGUGUGGACAACAUAUUGGUAAAAGUGGCAGACCCGCGCUUCAUUGGAUUCUGCAUUCAGAAAGGAGCAGACUGUGGGGCAAAGGUGGUAGAGAAAACGAACCCCACGGAGCCAGUCGGAGUGGUUUGCCGGGUGGACGGUGUAUACCAGGUGGUGGAGUACAGCGAGAUCUCUCUGGCGACAGCUCAGAAGCGCAGCUCGGACGGACGGCUGCUGUUCAACGCGGGGAACAUCGCCAAUCACUUCUUCACUGUGCCGUUCCUGAGAGAUGUUGUCAAUGUUUAUGAACCUCAGUUGCAGCACCAUGUGGCUCAAAAGAAGAUUCCAUAUGUGGAUUCCCAGGGGCACUUAAUUAAGCCAGACAAGCCAAAUGGAAUAAAGAUGGAAAAAUUUGUCUUUGACAUCUUCCAGUUUGCAAAGAAGUUUGUGGUGUACGAAGUGUUACGGGAAGACGAGUUCUCCCCACUCAAGAAUGCAGACAGUCAGAACGGGAAGGACAACCCGACCACUGCAAGGCAUGCUCUGAUGUCCCUUCACCACUGCUGGGUCCUCAAUGCUGGGGGACACUUCAUAGAUGAAAAUGGCUCUCGCCUCCCAGCUAUCCCCCGCGGUGCUACCAAUGGACAGUCAGAGGCCAUCACAGCUGAUGUCAAUCACAACUUGAAAGAUGCCAAUGAUGUUCCGAUCCAGUGUGAGAUCUCCCCGCUCAUCUCUUAUGCCGGAGAGGGCCUUGAAGGUUAUGUGGCAGAUAAAGAGUUCCAUGCACCCUUGAUCAUUGAUGAGAAUGGAGUUCAUGAGCUGGUGAAAAAUGGCAUAUAAUCCGAAGGGGCCACAUAGGGAGCCGCUGCUUCUGAUAGAUCAACUGUGAACCUGCAGGGCCUCUCCUGGACAGCUGAAGUUUGGACAGUCAUAGAGUGUCAUUUGCUUGCUAGUAUCUGAUGAACAGCACAGACUUCCCAGAUCUACAUGACUGGAUUUCAGUCUCAAAAACAUUCUUUUUUUUCCGUGAUUCUCAAAUCGUUGAAGGUCUUAUUUAUAUUUUUAACUAUCUAGGUUCUUCCAAGCCAAGGCUCACCUUGGUCACCCAGGAGACCUCCUCAGCUUGACCCCAGCUGGGACGUUCAGCAUGACUUCACUUGAAGCUGGAAGCAUUUGUUUUUGAAGUUGUACAUAUUGAUAAGUCAUCAUACAUGUCAGAAGGUUUUUAUGGUACUAAAAUUUUGUUUUAUUUUAUCAAGCAUUAAAGAUUUUUAAGAAAAUAACUGGACAGCAAAAUAAAAUUAUCUUCUUGUC